CAAGAUAGUCUGGAAUUAGCAGGAAAAUGAGUCUUUCUAGCCUGAACAUUACUCUGUUUUUUACCGGUUAUGGACCUCCUAGUGCACUCAAUUAUGGUGUUUUUGUAAUCUCUCUUGUAGUCUAUUUUACAACUGUUGUUGCAAAUGUAACAUUGAUGCUGGUGAUCUGCUUGGACGCAUCUCUUCAUAAGCCCAUGUAUGUAUUUUUAUUUAACCUGGCUAUUAAUGGGCUAAUCGGAUCCUCUGCUGUACUUCCUAAAAUAAUGGACAAUCUUGUGGAUGAUAUAAAAGAUAUGCUGUAUACCGAUUGUAUUAUACAAGUGUUUUGUAUCAACGUUUAUGGAACAUGUGCUUAUGCACUAUUGACACUAAUGGCAUAUGAUAGGUAUGUUUCAAUUUGUAAGCCUUUGCAAUAUCAUAAUAUUAUGACUCCGGGUAAAAUUAGACUUCUGCUUUUUAUAGCAUACUUUGUUCCUAUCUGCUCUCUGGGCAUACAGGUGUAUCUUACAUCAAGAUUGCCUGUGUGCAGGUAUACAAUAAACAAGUUGUUUUGUGACAAUCUAGCCGUAGUUAAUCUCUCCUGUGCCAAAAAUCCCUGGGCAGACCUUUAUGGCAUAUGUUUGGUAAUUCUUUUUGUCGUUCUACCUCUAAUCUUUGUCGUUUUUUCAUAUGUGCAGAUAUUGUUUGUCUCUUUGAAAGCCUCAGUAAGUGCCCAGAGGAAGGCUUUAAAAACAUGCACGCCACACUUGAUUACUUUUAUCAAUUUUUCACUGGCUUCUCUUUUUUCUGUGAUAUACAAUCGAUUUAAUUUCAGUCUUUCCAAAGAAGUGAAUGUGUUCAUGUCAGUUCAUUUCAUACUCAUCCCUCCACUUUUACAUCCACUUAUAUAUGGAAUUAGAACAAAAGAGAUAAACAAUAGCAUUGCAAAAAUAUUUAGAAGACAAAUAUUUGCUCUUGGUUUUAAUUUGAAGACCGAACAAAGGUGUAAUGAAGCACUGUUUAUUACUUCAAAAUAAAUGCCUACGACCGUGUAAAAGCAUUGGGAUGGCUUAUUUAUUUAUGAGGACUUUCUAUUUAUUGUACAUUAUAUGUAUGCAUGCAAAAAAGUUACAUACAAAGUAUGUGUAUCUGAUGUUCAAAUAAACUUUAGUCUGUGAAAAUAAUGGCCAUUACUUGAAACAAAGCAUUAGUUUUCUUAUUCUCCACUACAAUGUCUUAGCAGAGAUACACAUAUUUUGGGGUAAAAUGAUUGUUUGUGAGCACAAAAUUCAAUGAUCUAAAAUGACUUGUUCAUAUGUAUGUGCUUACCUUGACAAUUUACUCCUUAAUGUUUUAUUAAACCAUAAGAAAGAUAUUACAACCUUGAUUUAAAGACA